AUGGCCCAUCAAGCUCAUGCAUACCAUAUAGUAAACCCCAGCCCCUGGCCUCUAACAGGAGCCAUCGCAGCCUUACUAAUAACAGCAGGUUUAGCCAUUUGAUUUCAUUUUCACCUGACAACCCUUAUAAAUCUUGGCCUCAUCCUCUUGCUUCUAACUAUAUACCAGUGAUGACGUGAUAUUGUCCGAGAAGGCACAUUUCAAGGCCACCACACACCUCCUGUUCAAAAAGGCCUCCGCUGCGGUAUGGCCCUCUUUAUUACCUCAGAAGUAUUCUUUUUCCUAGGAUUUUUCUGAGCUUUUUAUCACUCCAGCCUUGCCCCUACCCCUGACCUCGGAGGCUGCUGGCCCCCCACAGGCAUCUCCCCCAUUGAUCCUUUCGGGGUCCCUCUUUUAAAUACAGCUGUCCUCUUGGCCUCCGGAGCAACAAUUACAUGAUGCCACCACAGCAUUAUUGAAGGGGGUCGAAGCCCUGCAAUCCAAGCCCUCGCCCUUACAAUUCUUCUAGGCGUAUAUUUUACAUUUCUCCAAGCUAUAGAAUACUAUGAAGCCCCUUUCACAAUUGCUGACGGAGUAUACGGCUCAACAUUUUUUGUUACAACUGGCUUCCACGGACUCCAUGUGAUCAUUGGGUCUACUUUCCUUGCUGUGUGUUUAAUUCGUCUAAUUCAAUUUCACUUCACAUCAGAACACCACUUCGGAUUAGAAGCCGCUGCAUGAUACUGACACUUUGUUGAUGUAGUAUGACUCCUUCUCUAUGUAUCCCUUUACUGAUGAGGCUCAUA